GUAUUCGCCUAUCUUCGACCAAUUUCGCGAGUAGUGUAUUGGAAGCUUUAGACAGUAAUACCAAUCUCGGUGCCAUAACCAAUUUAUUUUGAAUUUUUGCUUUCAGUAAAAAAUACGAGAGUAGUGUUUGUUUACUAAGAAAAUUUCCUUUUUAAUGGGUAACUAUAUCUCAGUAUUAUUCGGUUAUAAUCAAUACGAACAAGAAUUGAGUUUGGAAAAUGCUUGUGAAAUUUUACAUCAUGUAGAUACAAAUAAAAUAGAAAAAGAAUUAUCUCUCAAUAUUCCAAAAAACUUUGUUUCUAGUAAAGUAGGAACAAUUACCGAUAUAGAGGAUGAUCAAUUUAUAAUAGAUGAUACUUACAAAUUCACAAAAACAAAGACGAACUUUUUUAUAGGAACAAAAGUGAAAUUUAACUUGUUUUCUUCGGAUAACGUGUUUCAUGUUUCCAAUGUAGAAACAAUUGAUGAAUGGGAUCUAAUAGAAGCUGAAUCGGAUUCGGUAUGGACUAAUAGAAUCAUUGUUUGUCAAGUUUUAGUACGUGAAGGUAGGAAAUUAAAUCUUACGAACAAUAUUACUCUAAAUUUAGAUACCACACCAUUAGAAUUCUCACCAAUACCAGGCGAUUGGUUAGAAUUGGACGUAAAAUGUAUAGUAAAUGAAAAAGUUCUUGAUUUAUCCGGAAAUAUAAUAGAAAUAAAUAAAGUAUCUCCGCUUCGAUUUUUAAUUGAAAUUGGAAAAAUAACGUGUUGGAGGGGAUCUCAAGGAACAGGAACUGUUAAUAAUAGGAUAUAUUUCGAUAAAUCAUCCCUUUGUUCGGGUUAUGAACCUAUUGUAGGGGAUAAAGUAGCCGUUAAAGUUAUAGAAAGUGAACAACAAGGAUGCCAUUGGAGAGCAACUAAAAUUUUACCGGAACGUUUAACUAAUAAUCAUGAAUUGUAUGAACCGUUUAAGUAUAUACCUAAUUGUAAAGAUUCUUAUCCAGGUUUAAGAGUAUCGGAUGUUGAUAUAUGUUUUGAAAAAUUGUGGGAAAGAAAAAUUUUUGAAAUUAACAUUUUGAAUAGUACUAAUAAUACUUUAAUGUUAAUUUCCGUUGAUUUUAUUGAUAAAACAGGACAGUGUAGAAUCUUAAACGGUAAGAAAAAUAUCGAAAUAUUACCUGAGAGUCAGUAUAAUAUAAUUUGUGAAUGCAAUGCUAAAAAUGUAGGAGACGUUAAAGAAUACUACACACUAGAUUUUGGUAAUUUUACGCUAAUUAAAUAUUGUAACAUAACAGUAUCAAUAGAUCACAGUAAUAAAAAGAUUCUAUACGAAUAUAACGUGUUAAAACCACAUGAAGAAUCGCAAAAUGAAAUAAUAAAAGGGGCUGUGAAAUAUAUCAAUCGUUUCAAAGUUUCUAUCCCUGCUUAUUCGAUACCUAAAAAAUUAUUAAAUACUCCUUUAAACGAGAUAACCGAAUGCAAACCUUGCCUAGUUCGAGAACUUUCAUAUGUAAGAUACGCAGAUAAGUUCCAUACUCUAUUAUAUUUAGAAGAAAUUUUCAAUUUAAUGCAAAUAAGAAGAUACGAUAUGAAUAGGGCGAAUUUUAUGAAAAACUGCGAAUAUUUAAUGUUAGAAAUUGAUAAUUUAUCAGAACGACGACCAUCUCUUAUUAUAGGAGAUAAAAUAAUAGCGAACGAUACAAUUAGUAGAAAUAAUAUGGAUUACGAAGGUUAUAUACAUAAAAUAGGAAGCAAACAUAUUUAUUUAAAAUUCAAUCAAAUGUUUCACGAUAGUUACAAAGGAGAAGAUUAUUCUAUUAAGGUGGUACCAUCGAGAAGUGCUUACCGUAAAUGGCAUCACGCAGUCGAUUUAGCCGUACAUAAUCUCGGAAAGGAAAUACUAUUUCCUAAUAAAAUAGUCGAAAAAGAAAAACAAGUCGAUUUUUUUUAUAGUAAAUCCGAAUGUAAACGAGAAAAACCCGUAUUAGAAUGGUACAAUAAAGAUUUAAAUACGUAUCAGAAAAAUGCUGUUGUUAAUAUUUUAUGGGGCAAAGCUAGACCUCUACCUUAUAUUAUAUACGGCCCUCCGGGUACUGGGAAAACAGUCACAGUAAUAGAAACUAUUUUACAAAUUUUGAGGUUAAUUCCGUCAUCUAGGAUACUCGUUGCCGCGCCGUCUAAUAGCGCCGCCGAUUAUUUAGCCUUGAAAUUAAUAGAUUCAGGUGUAUUGAAACCAGGAGAUUUAGUUAGAGUUAUUUCGUAUAAUUACGCUAUAAACAACAAUAUUCCGUUUAAAUUAAUACCUUAUUGUGCUACUUCUUCAUUAGCGAAAGAAGAUACUACGUUAAAUAGUUAUGAAUCAAACGGAAUUCGUUUUGAAUGUGACCAAGCAUCUCUUGGUAGACACAGGGUAACUGUUUGUACGUGUAGUGCAUGUGGACAGUUUUUUCAUAUGAAAUUUCCACGGGGACACUUUUCGCAUAUUGUUAUAGACGAAGCUGCACAAACUAGUGAACCAGACAUAAUGAUUCCUAUGUCAUUCUUAGAUAAAAGUAAUGGCCAGGUUAUUUUAGCGGGUGACCCCAAGCAGUUAGAGCCAGUAGUUCUUUGUAAAGAAUCUCGUUUGUAUGGUUUAUGUGUAUCGUAUAUAGUUAGGUUAAUUAACAAAUUUCCUUAUGCACGAGAUCUUAACGGUUUUCCAGAAACGUUCGGAUUUGAUCCGAGACUUGUUACGAAAUUAUUGUACAACUACAGAUCCCUUCCGGAGAUCCUAAACAUGUACAAUGAGCUAUUCUAUUACAAGGAACUUGUUCCAAUGAUUGAUGAUAAAAAUAGCUACGAAGCGAAAUUAUUACAAUCAAUACAAGAAAUUUUACCUAAAAAUAGUAAAAACACGAUUCCUCAAAUUGUUUUUCAUGGUGUAAACGGUGAGAAUUACCAAUCUGAAGAUUCGCCAUCGUGGUUUAAUCCUCACGAAGCAGUUCAAGUGUUUUAUUAUAUCAACGAAUUAUACCGUCUUGGUAUUAAAUCGAGCAGUAUAGGAAUUAUUACCCCGUAUAUCAAACAGGUGAAAGAAAUUCGAAAUCUAUUGACGGAAGCAGAAUUCGAACUGCCCAAAAUUGCUACCAUCGAAGAAAUACAAGGGCAAGAAUUCGACAUUGUUAUUAUAUCAAUUGUACGUUCAUCAGAAAAUGUUCACGAUAUAGGAUUCAUCACACCCCAAAGAUUGAACGUAGCCAUAUCAAGAGCUAAAUGUCUCCUUAUUAUUAUCGGUAAACCCAAUAUUUUGAAAAAUAAUCCAUAUUGGAGUUUUAUCGUGAACCACUGCUUUGCUAACGAAUGUUAUAGAGGCUGUGAUUUUUAUAAUAAGCGAUAAAACAUUGUAUAUUUACUAUUAAGCGAAAAAAUAAAAAAAAUUUUUAUAAAAUUA